AUGGGAAAUGCACAAUUGAAUACCAAACCAAAACCAGCAUCCGUCGAGUUACCACCACCGCAAUAUCAAAAUUUAGUGCUUGAGCAAAAAAUUAUUGAAAACCAAAUUCCAGAAGAGUUAUACUUAGGAUGGGAGAAAUUGACCGAUGCCGAUAUGAAAAUCAUAGCCUACUAUACAAUUCGAAAAAAUGAGGUAAUAUAA